AUGUCGGGCCCAGGCUCGGGGGCCUCUGGUGGACGGUCAAUGCAGUCUCGCGUUGGCAGAAACAAGCAACGGUAUAACUCUAAGGGAGAGCGACUUGUUGCGGGCGUCGUCCCGCUAAGCCCGGACCAGAACUACGUCCUCUUAAUACAGUCGACUCGACGCAAGGGUUGGGUCUUGCCCAAGGGCGGAUGGGAGACGGAUGAGUCUUGCCAGGAGGCCGCCACCCGCGAGGCGUGGGAGGAGGCCGGCAUCACCAUCAACAUCGACUAUGACCUGGGCACCAUUGACGAGAAGCGGCCGCCUAAAUCGACCAAGGACCGCGCCCGCUACUCCUUCUACCAGGCAACUGUUCUGAGCGAGGUUGACGACUGGCCAGAGAAGCACAAGCGCGAACGCCAGUGGUUCACAUACGCACAGGCGUGGCAGGAGUUGGCUACGAGGCCCGAAUUACAGGAGGCUCUACAACGGUCCACGAUCAACCAAGUAUAG